AUGAGCGUCGCUUCACUUCCCGAUCACGUCAAGAAUCUGUUUCCGUCGGAGAAUCGUGCGUUCGCCGAAUCGAUAACCGCCGACGAGGGCCGCGUGUUGCGCGAGGUGUUCGCGCAACACGCGUGCUUCGCCGAAUGCGGCGAGAUGAUCGAGGCGGUGGCGGCGCGCGACGCGCAAUUGGGCGCACGAUUGGCCGGUGUGCUCGAGGCGAACAAGAAGCGCCUCGACGGAUUGUCGGCGGAAGCCGUCGAGUACUCGAAACAGAUCAUCUCAAUGGUCACCCAUGUGCUCUGCUCGCUAACCGUCGGCAAACCGGUCAGCGACGAUGAAGCCAAUAAGCUUCACGCCGACUUUCAGAAGCUCAACGCCGCCGAUCAAGCGGCCCUCAAGAAAAACAAUCCAGACAUCAAUUUCUAA